CGAAAGUGUCGCGAAGCAAGAGAAAACAAAAAAGGGACUUCUGCUUGAAAUACAAUAAUAAUAUUGGUAAGAAUGAUAAUCAAACCCAAAAAAAGAAACCUAUUCCAUAAGCCGUACCAAAGCGGCAGAAAAAAGAAGAAAAUAAUAAAAAAGCAUUAGGGAAAAAGUUCACGUUCCAGCAAAUCAUAGGAGAAUGAGAGCAGAAGAUGAGACAUCAAGGAUUGUGCAAGGACUAAUGUCCGCCUUCCAGGUGCUUCCCGGCGCACCGCUCAACCUUCAAACCGCCGGACGAGGAAUCGAGAUUAACAUUUCAUCGAGGUCGUACGUUCGCUCAUAGAGGGAAGGAUGUUCCGCUCAGCACAUCUCACAGCAUUCGAUGCAGUCAAAGCAGCAUUCGCAGGUCUCCUCGCAGAGGAAGCAACAGCAGAGCGUAGCCAGACAGGCACCAAGGCAUCCACGGUCCUUCUUCUGCGGGGGCGGUUGUUGCUGGUAUUGCAUCUGAGGAGGAGGAUAGCCCUGAGGCUGAGGGGGAGGGUAAUUGUAACCCUGCGGAGGAUAGCCGCCCUGGGGAGGAGGAUAACCGCCCUGAGGAGGAUAUCUAAAUAUGGAGUACGAGUUAGCGCCCUGCGCCAACGCAACGGGUGCUCGAAAAAGAGCCGCCAGUCCCCAUGUCACUCGUCUGAUCGCGGGCGCCAGAUGGAGACAAUCGCACGACAAUCGCUCCCCAAUAGGCCUGGGCUAGAUGCAGUAUGAAACAAACUCGGGCGGUCCGAGAUCCACGAUCCAAUUGCGACGUGCAUGGGGACGGUCAAGCGGGGGGGUAAUAGGAGACGGCAGGUCGGGAGGGGGGGUGUUCGCGCUGCGACACUUACGCCUGGGGAGGCGGCGGCGGUCCGUUGUAGUAUCCUUGGGAACUCAUGGUUGCGCGACGGGAUCUAAAGAAUGCCAAGUUCAAACGGGUCGAGGGAAAAUGGGAUGGAGAAUGGUGAUGGGGGGGGGAAAGGAAAAAAAAAAAAAGAGAAGGGGAGAGAGGGAAUAGGCAGCAGGAAUUCUGAAAGGGGACAAGAACCACUAGAUUAACGUGGUCCAGAAGGGAAGAGCAACACGAAUCAAUAGUCAAGAUUAAAAAUAAAACAAUGAAUGGAAGAUUAAAAAGGAAAGAGAAGGACAAGUCGGAAGGGAAAAGAGAA